GGGGUGGAAUGUCCACGGAGCUCAGACCUCACGGUCUCUCCACCAGACCACGUGAUGUCACGCGUGUUUGUUGCCCCUAGUUCCAUACUAAGAGGCCGUGAGCGUGCGUCGGGCUUCUGUACCUAUGAGUGGUGGUGUGUGUGUGUUCCUUGCCUUGGUAUCAUGUACCCACGGGCGUGGGCAUGGGUGGGGCAGCUGGCCCCAGGUCAGGCCCCCUCCCCUGAGCUCUGCUCCCCACAGGACCUCCGGGGCCUGGAGAUCCAGCCAGAAAACCUAGAGCAGCCGUUCCUGAGUGUGUUCAAGAAGGGGCGGCAGAGGGUGCCCGUGAGGGAUCUGGGCAAGGUUGUGUACUACGCCAAGGUCCAGCUACGAUUCCAACACAGCCAGGACAUCAGCGACUGCUAUCUGGAGCUAUUCCCCUCCUACCUCUACUUCCAGGCCCAUGGUUCCAAAGGACUCACCUUCCAGGGGCUGUUACCGCUGAUGGAACUGAGCAUCUGCCCGCUUGAGGGGUCCAAAGAGCACGCCUUCCAGAUCACAGGCCCGCUGCCUGCUCCUCUUCAUGUGCUGUGCCCCAGCCAGGCUGAGCUGGGUCACUGGCUGUACCACCUGGAAAAGCAGAUAGCCCUCGUGCGAGGGCCACAGCUCUGCCACUCAGCGCCCCUGCAGGUCAGUGCUGGGGACCCCCAGGCCGCUUUCCUCUCCCCUCUGUGCCCACGCCCUCUGCUGCCCCUGACCCCCCUUCACCAGGGCCCCCCCGAGGGUGAGCUGCCCUGGACUCUGCAGCGCAGGCUGAUCCGGCUCCGGGCAGCAUCUGGACAUCGGACGGUGGGCAGCGCCGUCUGCGCCUCGAGGGUCAAGCUGCAGCAUCUGCCCUCGCAGGAGCAAUGGGACCGGCUCCUGGUCCUGUACCCGACAUCCCUGGCUAUCUUCUCCGAAGAAGCAGAUGGGCUUUGCUUUAAGGGGGAGCUGCCCCUCCGCACCAUCCGCAUCAACCUGGAGGAGAAGGAGAAGCAGAUCCGUUCUUUCCUGAUUGAAGGCCCGCUCAUCAACACCAUUCGUGUGCUGUGUGCCAGCUACGAGGACUACAGCCACUGGCUGCUCUGUCUGCAGACCAUCUCGCCCCGGGCUGGAGGCCCCCCGCCGGCUGGCCUCCCGGGGCUGUGGGGGGCCACACAGGUCAUGGGUGGCGGCCGAGGCUCCCUCUCCUCAGACGGACGAACCAGCUGGGACUCAGGGUGCCCUGCGCCCCCCUCCGCCCACACCAGCCACUCUCUCCCUGAGUCGUCAGUGCCGUCCACCACAGGCUGCCCUGCCCAGCCUGUGCCUGACCAGGCCGACCCUGGCCGCACCAGCACCCGCAGGCAGAGGGCCGAGCUGAGACGGAGCAGCAGCAGUCGGUCACCCAGGAGUGAGGCCCGGAGCGAGGAGCCCAGCCUGGCCACCUCGCUGUACUUGGACCUGACCAAGCUGAGCAGGCAGAGCCUAGAAGACAACCCUGAGGCCCCAGACCACUCUCUGAAGACCCCACACUCCCCACUCUAUGCCGAUCCCUACACACCACCUGCUACCUCCUAUCACAAGAUCACGGAUGUCCAGGGCCUGGAUGAGUUUCUCAGCGCAGCGCAGAGCUCACUUGGACCCGAGUCCUCGAGCCCGUUCCCCUCGGUCCCUGUGUCUGUGCCUGUCUCGGGCCCCAGCUCUGGACUCUCCGGUCCCCACUUGCUCUCCAAGAAGGGAGCCCUGCAGCCCAGAGCCUCUCAGCGGCACCAAGGCUCCAUCAAGGGCCAGGGGCCACUCCCUCCAGAGUCCCCUCAGCAUGUGAGUAGCAGCACUCACCCCUGCCAGGUCUCCCCUAUGCGGGAAGUCUCGCCCGACCCCCUGCCACCUCCCUCAGGUGGUCAUCCCCCCAAGAACUAUGGCAACAUCCCGGACAACACUUCCUCUCCCUCCCACAAGCGGUGGCCCCGAGGAGUAGCUGAGGCUGGCGGGGGGCUCAUCCAGUGGAUCUGAUGGCUUCUGGGUGGCUGGUUCUCAGGACCACCUGCCAGCGUGGGCUCUGCCAUGGGGACUACGGCACAGCCUGGGGCAUUCUUUGUAGGGCCACAGGCUGACCGGCAUCCGACCCCUGAACCCCACCCAGUGCUGAGUCCGUGUCUGAUCCCAGCAGGCUGAAGAGAGCUCCCAAACUUCCCUGGGCUCUGGAGGGGCCAGGAGGGGGGCCUCGUCCUGAAGACGGCCUGGUGACGUGGCUGGACCACAGAUCAGAGCAGGCCUCUCAGGGGACCCAGCAGCAGUCCUUCCUCCAGGGAAGCAAUGAGGAAGGCCACUGGGCGCAGGCUUUACCUGCCAGUGGGAGGAGCAGCAGGUGGGAAGGUCAGAGGGCUGAGAACGUCAGGUUAGUGAGGGUCAGCGCACGUGAGGUCAGAGGGUGUGACAGUAGGAGGUCAGCAAAGUCCGAGACACAACAAGCAGAGGUAGAGGGCAUUCUGGGCGAGUGUCAGUGGGCUGGGGCAGGUCAGGAGAAACUGACAAGAGACUAAAUAAGAAAGAAAGAGAAGGUUUUA